UACGCGACUACCAGCAGGAAAUAUCCGAGUGUAAGCGCAAUGGCAGCGAUCCCCACGACCCCGAGGACCCUGACGAUCCCGACGACGAUCCCGACGACGACCCCGACGAUCCCGACGACGAUCCGGCUGUUCCGGAGGAAGAGGAUUGCUGCCCGUGUGUGUUGAUCAUCAGCGUACUCCUCCUCUGGCUGCUUUUGAUGGGAAUCGGAUGCUUGAGCUAGAAAGGCAGGGAAUUUGAGCUCGCUGGGCUCUUGGAAGCUCCCUGACGCUACUUUGUUUCGAGCUCCUGGGAUUUUGGAGCUUCGAUCGCUAUGGAGGAGGCCCCAAGGGCAGAGGGAAGCGAUAGGGCAAUGAUGUCCAAGAGUUCCGAGUAGAGAGUCCAGGCCAGCAAGGAGAAUAUUCUUCUCUUUCGUAUUAACACUUUUUAUUAAACUAAACUAUCAUGUUUGGGUUUAGGGUUUAACGGGCUAAAGGAAUGGAAAUUUAGGGUUCCAGGGCGAUGGCGUUACCACGCGCCAGUACGCUGAAGGUAUGCCGCGCAUCUCCGAUACUCCCCUCUCGAUUCUGGAUUAGGGACUGCCGCCGCUACAGCACAGGCGAUUUCCAUCCAGAGCGCGGAGGCUUCUUGAUUGUCGAAUGCGGCAGCCUGUGCUGCUCAAGAGCAACGAUUUCCGCUGGAAUUUUCCCAAAUCCAAUUCAUCCCUCGCAACAUCUUCCAGGAGAACGAAAUACAUUCUUACGGAGCCUGGAGUACUGUGGUUUGCGAUCAUCGGAAUAUGCAGAUCAUGGUUUCAUGCUUCGUGACCACCUCCCACUACGAAGAAUAUCUCCUGUGAAGGAAAUUAUUCUUGUCAACCUGCUCAAAGUCAUAAGCCCCGACUUGCCACUCGCAUUCGCUCUAUCCAGAGGGUGGACCACGAAGCAGAAACUCGCCAGUCGCCUUACAGAAACGUGUCCAACGAAGACAUGAGCUAAACCUCCAGCAAAGAUCUUGGAAGUUUCAGACUGUGAGCUGAAGAAGGCCGAGGAGCAGAAAAGCAGCGAGACUGUCGAAAACACAAAGCAGCAUUCAGACAUUAGCAAGCCACCGAAUCUGUCGACAUCUCUCGAAAUCGGGCCAAGGCUAGGGAACUAACGACGCGGAGCAACAGCUGUACUGAUGGAUUCGGUGCACUGAAAGUGGAGUAAGCACCCUUCUUCUCAACUGGAAAAGCUAAAGUUCCUCGUGGAUGAAUCUCUUCAGGUAUGCCGACUGUGAUGCUACCUCUGCCGACGAAGACGAUGACGAGGGGACAUCUGAUGGUGAGCUAACAAGCCUGGAUCGAGAGCACGACGAAGACUUCUUGCUUCUAGAGUUUGCACCUUCACAUCAAGUGGGAGCAGUUUUAUGGAGCAGCACUGGUACUUCUGUUACACUUGCGACUUGACAGUGUCCAAGGGAUGCUGCUCAGUAUGUGCAAAGGUGUGUCAUCGUGGUCACAAGGUGGUUUACUCGCGGUUGAGCAGGUUCUUUUGUGACUGUGGUGCUGGCGGUGUGAUGCCAGUGCCUCAAGCCAUACAGUAUCACCGAUAUUGAGUCGAGCAAAAGGCUUUCACUUGAAACAGCACUCGAAUUGAAAGACCCUCA